UUAAGGGUUUCAAUUGCAAUUCCAACUUCGCUUCAUGCAUCUUUGGAAAGGAGCAGUUCUAGUUAAUUUCAUCUGGUUUCUACAGGAACAAUUGGACUCGCAGGUUUCUCAUUGGAGAAUUUGCAUGAGUAGUUCUAGAUGAAUUAUAAUCUCUUGAUAGAUUUCUGCUGGUGUAUAUGAGUUAGCAUGGGUUCUGCCUGUUGUGUUGCUGCAAGGGACAAGACUCUUCCUGAUAUAACCGACAGUGAAGCUUUACAUAGGAAUGUCAGAUAUUCGCCUUCCUGGAGCUUUAGCUGGGAGAAUCGGGGGCGUGUAAUAGGUGAAGUGGAUAAUCAAAUAAAUCAGUUUUCUCACGGAAGCAGUGGAAAUGUAGACGUGGAGAGCAAGGACCAGAGGGAUAUGGAAAUGGGAGAUGUUUCAGAUGGAGGAAGUCCACUGGAGGAUUUCCAAACGCCCACCUGGCAGAAAUUCCCUGUUAACGAAGGAACUGCUCUAGCUUCUGGUAAACCUUUUUGGAUCUGUCCUAAAAAGCUUGUUAGCUGCGAAAAUAUUGCCAUUCUCUUCUUUUGGAUGGAAGCAGAGUUGUUAUCAGCUAUAUGCAAUCAUUUGACAUGGGAGACUGCACUUACAGCAACGUUGCAGCAUGAACAUAUCUGGGGAGAUGGGGAGAAGACUUUUGGAUUGAUAUUUGCUGAGGUACUCAAUCUUCUAGGGGUUCAGUUUGAUACAGUUUUAAAUGAUCAUCUGAAUAUGAUAACUAAUGUUCUUUGCAUGCUUGAAACAGAUCCAUCUGUGGGUAACGAUUUGUCUGCCAUGGUGAAAGAUUUAAGAGACUCAUCUGCUGUUGCCGAUCCGUCAGUGUCAAAGCUUUCAUUUUGUGUAGCUUCAACUUCCUCUUCAUCAAUUUCCAAACUAGACCCUUCACCAUCUCAGAGCCAACCUCAACCGAUUGAUUCAGGGCUAUCAAUGCAGGCCAACUGUUCACCAGGACACCUGCUUGUGAGGCAGGUCUCCACAAGCCAAAUGCCUGGAUUGAAAUCACGGAACAACUCAGUAUCUGAAGGAAGACAAUCAUUUGCGUUUUCAAUGUGCAGCAAUGACACUACAAUGGGCUCCCAGGGAGGGCCUUCAGAUGGUUGGUCCAUGCGUGCCUUCUCUGAGCUUGUGGCGUCUUCUCAAAGGGAAAGGUGGUCUUUUGACAGUGAGAGCUUGGGUUCUAGCCGUGGCAAGUUAACCAGAUCCAAUAGUCGGCUGUCAAUGCCUCCAUCUGUUGAUAUGCAAACAUGUGGAGUAUGCUCGAAGCAUUUGACAGAAAGAUCUUCAUGGAGCAGCCAGAAAAUAAUUGCUACUAGUGAGCUAUCAGUGGUUGCUGUUCUUGUCUGUGGACAUGUGUUCCAUGCGGAGUGCUUGGAGCAUAUGACACCUGAAAAAGAUAGAUAUGACCCAGCGUGCCCACUGUGCAUGGGUGGAGAGAAGCAUGUUUCUAAGAUGUCUGGGAAAGCAUCCAGAAUGGAAGCAGAUUUGAAGGCAAGGAGCAAUAAGAUAUCCAGAAACCGGGUGGUGGAUAGUGAUCUGGACGGUGACUCUGUUGUACCUGAUGAGUGGAAAGGUACCGGACGGCAAGGGAAAGUUCUGAAGUUGGGGCCUAGCUCCUCUUUUGGGAAGCCUUUCUUGAGGCGUCACUUCUCACUUGGGUCGAAUAGGAGUAAAUCCCUUUCGGAAAAUGAUUCUCAAAGAAGGAAGGGGUUCUGGACAAGAUUCCGCAAGGAUUGAGCUCCCAAGAUGGACUUGCAGCAUUUUCAAGAUUCGGAGAUCGCUUGUCCCUGCAAUGCCAGUUGAAGGCUUAACAGUGAACAGAUCAUUAUAUUAUUCAAUGAAUCUUGAUUAUAUACAGUUGCAGUAAUUAACUAUCUGCAAAAUGUCAAACAGGACUGAGCUGUUUUAUUAAACUUCAUUUCAUUGUAAUGGGCAGAGAAAAACAAGGUAAAGCAGCAUAGUUUCGAUGAAUGGCUGAAAAUGGGAAGCUGCA